AUGAACCCAUGUCCAUUACUGCACAUGAAUGUUGGUAACCGCAUGACUGGUGCCGGCAUGCCUCGGCUUUCGUACCGCUUUGACAGCUCCUCGUGCUUCACAGCUGUCAUGGAUUUCAGGCGGGGAUUCUUGGGACUGAAGAAGUUACACGACCAGGCGCAACUGACAGGGGAGAUGAUGAGACCGAGGGAUGGGGAGAUGAUGAGACCGAGGGAUGGGGAGAUGAUGAGACAGAGGGAUGGGGAGUUGAUGGGACAGAGGGAUGGGGGAGAUGAUGAGACCGAGGGAUGGGGAGAUGAUGAGACCGAGGGAUGGGGAGUUGAUGAGACCGAGGGAUGGGGAGAUGAUGAGACCGAGGGAUGGGGAGUUGAUGAGACCGAGGGAUCGGGAGAUGAUGAGACCGAGGGAUGGGGAGUUGAUGAGACCGAGGGAUCGGGAGAUGAUGAGACAGAGGGAAGGGGUGAUAAUUGGACACAGGGAAAGGGGGAGGAUGAGACAGGGGGAAUGGGAGAUGAUGGGACCGAGGCACAGGAGGAGCACCUGGUGGCAUCAAUUCAGCAGGUCAUUGCGACGACACGUAGGGGAGGCGGGUUGGGGUGCUGCUGA